AUGUCGGCUACAGCCAUCGAUUCUGUGUACGGGCCCGCCCUUCUCAAGCCAUGGUCGAUAUUCAACCAAGCAUGGACUGCGAUCAAAGGCUACCCCGCGAAUGAUUUUCAAUUCGUCCAGGGCAAGACACCCAUGAGUACCUUCAAGGAAACCGGUGUUAUGAUAGCUUUCUAUUACCUCACAAUCUAUACCGGAUGGAGGUGGAUGAAGAACCGCGAGCCUUACAAGCUUUCUACCCUGUUCAAAAUACACAACUUUGUAUUGACUGCUGUCAGCGGGGGUUUGCUGGUCUUGUUCCUUGAACAGCUUGUUCCUUCUCUCUGGAACCACGGCCUUUACAAUUGCAUCUGCAGUAAGCCAGGAUGGACCGAUCAGCUAGUAGUUCUCUAUUACCUGAACUAUCUUACCAAAUAUGUGGAGCUGCUGGACACCGUUUUCCUCGUCCUCAAGAAGAAACCACUGACGUUCUUGCAUACCUAUCAUCACGGAGCUACCGCAUUUUUGUGCUGGACGCAGCUCGUUGGCAAAACUCCUGUAUCAUGGGUUCCGAUCACACUGAACUUAACCGUCCAUGUGGUUAUGUAUUGGUACUACUUCCAAAGUGCUCGUGGUAUCCGCGUGUGGUGGAAAGAGUGGAUUACUCGUCUGCAGAUCACUCAAUUUGUUCUUGAUCUUGGAUUCGUUUACUUCGCCACAUGGGAUUUCUACGCCGAUGAGUGGGGACUUCACGGUCUGCACCUUGGACGCUGUGAGGGUUCGCUGUUCGCAGCAGUCACCGGCUGUGCAACUCUCACCUCAUACCUCGUUCUUUUCAUCCUUUUCUAUAUCGCCACUUAUCGGAAGCCCAGCACUCGGGCCCGCAAGGGUAUUGCCCCAAAGAAAGAUCAGGCCGUCACUGCCACCGGAAGGGCCGCAGAAACAUUGAAGUCAGCCCGUAGCCGCUUUGGGCAAUCCAGCAUAGACUCGGUCGAAUCCACCACCAAGGGACAGUGGGCAGUCUCUCGGGAUUGA